UUCCCGGCCACAAAACCCUCACAAACAAAAAAUGCCGGCAACAGAAAUAACGGCGGACGCACUCUCCGCCUCAGGGCGGACCUCCGAGAAACUAAGCCUACCAACACUCCAAUCAAAAAUGAAAUGCGAUCCUGAAGGCUAUGAAACCGAACUUUACUUAAUUUACAAUCAAUUCAAAUCCUCUGUUGAUUUAUUCCAACAACAAGCCGCACUUAAUUUCACUUCCGCAGUUAGCGGUGGUAUUAUCAGUGACCCCACCGUCGCUAAAGACCUCGGUGAUCGUGCUAUGUUUUUAGCUCAUGUUACUCCUUUCUAUCCAAAUCAGUUGUCGGCUUAUCCGAUAGAGCUCGUCGAGUUUCUUCGAUGUUCCGCUAGAGUUCUUCCGUCUACUCUUCGUGUUACCGUUACUCAAGCUCUCAUUCUUCUCCUCAAUCGCAAGAUUGUUGCGAUCAAGGAGACGCUAUCGUUGUUCAUGGAGCUUCAAGUUUUGAGUGACAAGCCGUUAAAGAUAUUGGCGUUUACUCAUAUUAUUAAUAGUAUUAAGCGUAUGAAUCAGAAACACAAGAAUGAAACAGAAAACAGGGCACUUCAAAGUAUUUUGUUUUCAAUGUUACAGGAAGAGGAUGAAAAGAAAGCGAUGCGGGCACUUGUGACGAUAUGUGAUCUUCAUAGGAGGAAAGUUUGGUUUGAUGAUAGAGCAGCGAAUGCUAUAUGCCGGGCAUGUUUUCACACAUCAUCAAGGGUUAUGAUUGCUGCUUUAUCGUUUCUUCUUGAUUAUGAAAAAAUCGAGCAAGAAAAUGACAGUGAUGAGUCAAGUGACGAAGAAGAAGCAGUCCAUCAACCUCAUGUGGUUGUGAGUAAAGAGGCGAUAUACAAGGCAAAGAAUACAGGAACAACAUCUAGCAAAAAGAAAAAGAAAGCAAAGUUGCAGCGUGUAAUUCGUAGUAUGAAAAGGCAGCAGCGUAUAUCAUCAGACCGUGAUAAUAACUUGAACUACUAUUCACCUUUGACUUCUUUGAAAGACCCCCAGGGAUUUGCUGAGAAGCUGUUCUCAAGACUUCAAACUUGUAAAGAGCGGUUUGAGAUAAAAAUGAUGAUUGUGAAAGUAGUUGCCCGCACUGUUGGACUUCAUAGAUUGAUUUUAUUGAACUUCUAUCCUUUUCUUCAGAAGUAUGUUCAGCCCCAUCAAAGGGAUGUGACGAACUUACUUGCAGCAGCUGUCCAAGCUUGUCAUGAUAUGGUGCCUCCUGAUGCAGUUGAACCAUUGUUCAAGCAAAUAGUGAAUCAGUUUGUGCAUGAUCGCUCGCGUACCGAGUCAAUUGCUGUUGGAUUGAAUGUCGUGCGUGAAAUAUGUUUGAGGAUUCCUUUGCUAAUGACAGAGGACUUGUUGCAAGACCUUGUGCUAUACAAGAAAUCACAUGAAAAGGCAGUUUCAUCUGCAGCUCGUUCGCUUAUUUCAUUGUUCAGAGAGAUUUGUCCUUCACUUCUUAUAAAGAAAGACCGUGGACGACCCACUAAUCCGAAGGCAAAGCCAAAAGCUUUUGGCGAGGUCAAUAUUCCCACCGAUGUCCCAGGAGCCGAGUUACUUCGGGAUGACGACAUCGAUGAUGAUGUCAGCAACGCUUCUGACGAGGACAAUCAAUCCAUUGAUGAUCUUGGAGAAGAGGUUGACAAUAGUGAUGAUGAAAUCAGUACUCAUGAUGGAAAUUCGGAAUUCAACUCUGAAAUCGAGGAUGAAGACGAUGAUGAUGAAGAUGAUGAUGAUGAUGAUGAUGAUACACAGAUGGGAAGUGAAUCGGACGAAGUAUCAGAGGAUGAACUUGAUGAAUCAUGCAGUGACGAUGAUAAUAUUGCUGUAAAAAGCGAGGAUGGCAUGUCCAUUGAUUCUAGGGGUUCUGAUGGAAUCAGAGGACAAAAGAGGAAAUUUGUGGACUUCGAUGGAGAACUUGAUUCUGCGGAUCAAAGCCUUAGGGCUCUUAAAAGGCUAGCAGGUGCUAAAUUGGAGAAUGAUGUUGCGGGUGCAACAGAUACGGAUGGUAUUCUUUCAAAUGAGGACUUCCAGAGAAUUAAAGAGCUAAAGGCAAAGAAUGAGGCUAAACGUGCAUUGGCUCAUCAUGGAUUGUUUAAAAAGCCAUCAGAUCCGAAGUCGGAGCCCUUUAAGGUCCCAAGUUCUGAUCAACUCAGUUUGAAAAGAGUGGAUGGCUACACACUUGAAGCUAAUAUUCGUAAAAAGAUGACCAAGGAGCAGAGGAAGGCUUUAAUCAAAGCAGGAAGGGAAGAAACAGGGAAGUACAUAUCCAGAGCUGCUACGAAGCAGCAAAAGACUGGUGGACUUAGCAACAAGCAGAAGGAACACAAGAAGGCUAUGCCUUUGGCCGCCAAGAGAUCAAAGAUUGAAAGAUCUAAACGUCAGAAAAAGAGGAAGCAAAGGGGCGCUGACAAACAAUUCAGGGGCCGCAAGGCCUGGAAAUGAUAACUUUGGAACAACGUUAGUUUUGAUCUUCGUUUUAUAUAUGCCCUUGUAUCUUUUUGUUUUAAUCUUAAAGUUUUGGUGCCAAAAUGCAUAAAGCUCGAGUUGUAGAAUGGUUACGGCUUAUACUUGUAUUGGACGGUGGUAUAAACAUUGAAUGCUAUUUUUUGGGACUA